AUGGGGAUGAAGUGAUCCAAUCAGGGAUACGAAUGGAUUUGAUAUCCAGUGCCAUUAACAAAAAUAACAAACUCAAGCUUCCAUGUGCUAAGUCUACUGAUCCAGGCAGGUAACAUGAUCAGUGCAGGAGGUGGUGCUGACCCCAGCACAGUUGCAAGAGCCAGAAGUGGUUGGAGGAAGUUUAGGGAGUUGCUGCCUUUAUUUACAACAUGAGGACCUUCCCACAGUGUGAAAAAAGAGAUAGAUGUAUGCAAUUUUUUUAUUUUUUUAUGGGGAUUAGCCCACCCGAGCACAGGUCACUGACCCACAUCGGGGUCUGGGGUGCGAAA